GUUGCGUAAAAUCAAAUCGGAUGGUAAGUUUCCAUCAUUACUUUAUUGUUAAUAAUAACCAUUUUGAUUCCUAUUUUCUUUGUAAUAGAUACACCUAAGCUUUCUGAAUGUGCAAAAGCUUUGAAAACCUUCAGACACGCUAGCGAAGUGUACAAAGCCAAGUAAAAUAAGCCAAUGGUUAUUGUUUACGACAAUGUUAGUCACUUGGUUCAUAAAAAUCCAGAAAUCCUGGACAUUCUCCAAGAUGACGCGAAACACAGUGCUGAUGAUCGAAAAUACAUCGCUGUAUUUGUCUGCAGCGAAGGGAGUGUACCUCAGAGGAUGGAAUCCCGCAGUGCCUGGUCGCGUGCAAAAACACCUGUAAUGGAAAUUGGCGACCUUAGCGAGGAAGAAUCGAUGGAAUAUUUGAUUAAAAAGCGCAAGAUCAAGGAAGUAUAUGCGAAAAAAUUAUUUGAUUUAGUUGGGGGUCGUAUCAUAGAGCAAAAAAUUGUGGCGGAUGACUUUUUGGCUGGGCAAAAAUUCGAAAUCAUUAAACAACAAGUUUUAGAUAAAGUUGAGAAGAAAUUUAAAUCUGCACAACUCCUUCCAAAUGAUCAAUAUUACGAAUUAGGAAAAAGUCUUAUAUGUGAUUUGUUGAAGUCUAAUGAGCUCAGCUUUUUAGAAUUUAAGAAUUAUUUUGAUAGGGCUGAGAAAUUAAAUGAAGUGUUGGACAGCAAUAUAUUUUCAUAUCAUCCUGAAAAGAAUAUUGUGACCUUCCAAUCUCAAUCAGUAAAAAGUUAUAUUCAAGAAAAAGCUAAUAUAUUCCACAUUUAUGAAAAUUUUAAAAUUAUAGAAAUUGAUUAGAAAUUUUCAAAAUGGC